AUGCAGUACGUGCGGAACCUCAGCGACUCGGUCUCCACGGCCUGGAAUUCCAUCAACCCGGCCACGCUCAGCGGCGCCAUUGACGUGAUUGUCGUCGAGCGCGAGGACGGCACCUUGGCCUGCUCGCCCUUCCACGUCCGCUUCGGCAAGUUUUCGCUCCUGCGCCCGUACGAGAAGAAGGUCGAGUUCCGCAUCAAUGGCGUCAAGCAGCCCUACUCCAUGAAGCUGGGCGAGGGCGGCGAGGCCUUCUUCGUCUUCGAGACGUCCGACUCCAUCCCAGAGUCCAUGCAGACGUCGCCGCUGGUCUCGCCGGCAAGCAGCCCGCCGUUUGGCCCGGCAGAUGCCUCUUCGGCCAUGGCAGAGCCGGAUUCGCUGGAGCUUGACGGCGACGCUGCUGGAAAGCCUCGCAUGAUCACACCUCUGUCGUCCUCCCCCACCCUCUCCUCUUCGCAGCCUGCGACUGGUAGCUGGCGCAAAGCUUUCGAUCGUCGACCUCACAGCGAUGACGUCUUGCGGAAAUCGGUGCAGCACCACGACGAGGCCAUUUCAGAUAACGAGAGCCCGUCCGAGUCUGAAAGAUCUCACAGUCCUCCUCCUCUCGGGCCCCAGGAAGCCAUCGCACGCGCCAGAGCGCUGUCCAAGGGAUUGUCCGCGGUCAACAUUCCAACGCACAUCACCGAGACGGGAGAUCUGAUGCUGGAUAUGACGGGCUUCAAGAGCAGCGAGGAGGACAUGCUCCGCGCCGAGGUCCUCGCGCGCAACAUCCUAUCGGAGGAAAUGGAUGGCAACUACGACAUCGGAGCCUUAUUUGGCUUUGAUGAGGAGGGAAACCUCUGGGUCUACAGCAGCGAGGACGCCAAGCAGGCUGCUAUGAACAAGACGAUUGAGUCGUCGCUCCAAGCCCACCGCCGCGCAGUGGCUGCCGAUGCCAUAUCAGAUCCGGGCUACCAGAGCGACGGCAGCGAUCUCACGACCGCACCACACGCGCCCUCUCACCGGCGCACAGAGUCCGACGCCGGUCCUGGCGGCAUGCAUACGCCCCCUCGAACGCCGACCGGCUCCCUCGAGCCGCCCAAGAGCUACGCAAAGACGCUUCGACUGACUAGCGAUCAGUUGAAGGAGAUGAACUUGAAGUACGGAGAAAACCCCAUGAGCUUCACCGUCAACCGGGCGACGUGCACUGCCAACCUCUACCUCUGGAAGCACCACACUCCCGUGGUCAUUUCGGACAUUGACGGCACCAUCACCAAGUCCGAUGCUCUUGGCCAUGUGCUGAACAUGAUUGGCCGAGACUGGACUCACUCUGGCAUCGCAAAGCUCUACAGCGACAUUGCCUUGAACGGGUACAACAUCAUGUACCUGACGAGCCGCUCCGUCGGACAGGCCGACACGACUCGCGCCUACCUCAACAAUAUCGUCCAGGAUGGCUUCAGGAUGCCCCACGGCCCGACCAUCCUGUCUCCCGACCGAACCAUGGCCGCCCUGCGCCGUGAAGUCUACCUACGGAAGCCCCACGUGUUCAAGAUGGCGACGCUGCGGGACAUUCGCAACCUGUAUGGGCCGAACGGCGGUCCUUUCUAUGCCGGGUUUGGCAACCGUCUGACCGACCAAAUCUCGUACCGAACGGUGGACGUACCGCGCACCCGCAUCUUCACCAUCAACUCCAACUCAGAGGUGUCGCUCGACCUCCUGAGCCUCAACAAACUCAAGAUGACCUAUGUCAAUAUCAAUGAGGUUGUGGACCAUUAUUUCCCCCCUGUCGACACCCUGGUCAGGGGUGGCGGGGAGGAGUACACCGACUUCAUGUACUGGCGAGACGAUCCCCUCAAGAUUGAUGAUUUCUCGGCUAGCGAAAGCGAGGAGGAUGACCAUGACGACCAGGGAAGUACUUACACCGACGAGGAAGAGGAGGAAGAAGAAGAGGAGGAGGAGGAGGAAGUCGGCGAGGGCAUGGCAGACAGCUACAUCUCGCACGAGGACUACGAUGAUGACGAGGUCGAUGAGGAGGAGCUCGAAGAAGACCGAAUUAUUCAGAGCAUCGAGCACGAAGACGCCGAUGACGAAGAAAAUUACGAAGACGAGGUCGAGGAUGAAGACGCGGAGGCAUCUGGCGAUGAAACUCGGGUGGUGGAAGAUGUCACAGCCGAGAUAAUCACUGGGGUUGGUGACCUUUCCGUUGAAGAGAAGGCGAGAAGCCAUGGAGAAGACGACAAAAAGAAAGAAGGCUAA